AAUUAAAUGUCAAUUUUAUCCUUGUCAAAUUGUUGAGAAAUUUCUAGUGAAAUUACUGCGCUGUCCUAUUUUUCUGAAGAAUUUUAAUUAGUAUUUACAUUAAGAUGAGUUUUAUUGCUAGAACUAGGACGUCGUUAUUGCCUGCUAUCUGUAAUGUAAGAAUGUAUUCCGGUGAGCCUGGUUCUGGAGCUGGCAGAGGUGGUGGCGGUGGUGGCUCCAUCCGCGAGGCUGGUGGUUCAUUUGGCAAGAUGGAGGCUGCCAGGGAAGAUGAAUACUUUUAUAAGAAGCAAAAAGAACAGAUCCAGAAUUUAAAAGGACAUUUGAGCAAAGAGAUUGCUUUCCAUCAGGAGCAGAUUAAACGUCACGAAGAUGCUAUUAGGCGACACAAGGAGCAGAUGUCUGAAAUGGACAACAAAUAAACGAUAUAUUAAAUUUGUUGUGAAACCUUUUGGCAUAAAAUUUAAGCACAUAUAAGUAACAUUACUUAGUUUAUAUAAUAAAAAUAAAUAAGUCUAAAUUUUUUAUCCUUAGAGAGGAUGUUACUUACUGAUUUUAUUUUCUUUAGUUUUUAGUUUGAAGUUUGAUCUGAAAUAUAUUAUUUAUAGAAGUAA